CGGCCAAAAUAGUUUAUCAGACACUCGGUGGUGUUGAGGGCAGAAGGGAAGGAGCUAAAACAGAACAAAACAGCUUUUGACGCAAAGACCUACACUGUGGAUAAAUGAGCUGUUGGGUUCAUCCCUUUUACUGCAUCAGCGAUGUAUAUGCGACGAGAAAAGGGAUACGCCUGGAUUCUUAUUGUUGCCCUGCUUUGUCUUUGUGACCGGACUGCAGCGCAGUUAUCUUACUCCAUUUCCGAGGAGGUGAACAAAGGCACCGUAGUGGGGAAUAUCGCAAAGGAUUUAAACCUCAACGUGCAGGAACUAGAGACCAGGGACCUGCGCAUUGUUUCGAGUUACAGUAAGAAAUAUUUUGACGUGAAUCUGAGGACCGGAAGCCUCUUUGUUGACGAGAGAAUAGACAGAGAGGAGCUUUGUCCGCAUGUGGUAAAAUGCUCCAUAAAAAUACAAGCUGCUCUAGAUAAUCCGAUGAAUGUAUACCGCAUCGAAGUCAGUAUUCUUGAUAUAAAUGAUAAUUUGCCUUCUUUCGUUGAACAAUUGCAUUUAUUUAACAUCACUGAAUCACUGUCACCAGGAGAGCGAUAUCUUCUCCCAGUGGCAGUAGAUGCGGACAUAGGCAGCAACACAGUGAAGAGCUACAAGCUGAACCCAAAUGAACAUUUCUCGCUCGAUGUGCAGAGUGGUGGAGAGCACGGUGUGUCCGCUGAGUUGGUGCUGCAGAAAGCUUUAGAUCGAGAGAAGCAGUCGGUGAUGAAGCUUAUUCUGACGGCUGUAGAUGGAGGUAGACCGCCUAGAUCAGCGACUUUGCAGUUAACUAUUAAUGUUAUCGAUGUUAAUGACAACACACCAACUUUUAGCAAAUCGCUUUAUAAAGCCCGUGUAAGUGAAAAUACCGCGCACGGAACACUUGUUAUAAAGUUAAAUGCAACCGAUUUAGACGAGGGCAUGAACAGUAAGAUCCUGUAUUCCUUGAUCAAACGAGGUAACAUUGAUCCAUCUAAUAUUUUUGAUCUAAAUUCAGAAACUGGAGAAAUUACUGUGAAGGGAACAUUGGAUUAUGAAGAGACGCCUGCUUAUGAGGUCAGAGUUCAGGCAAUGGAUCAAGGAAUUGUUCCUCGUAGUGCACAUGCUAAACUAUUGAUAGAGAUAAUUGAUGUGAAUGACAAUGCCCCAGAUAUAUCAGUGACGUCACUGAUGACCCCUGUAAAAGAAGACGCAGAACUGGGGACAAUAGUUGCUUUUAUUACGGUUAAUGAUAAAGAUGGAGGAAACAAUGGUGCAGCUAAAUGUAAGGUAGAGGGGUCUGUUCCGUUUAAACUUCAGUCCAACUACAAACACGACUACUCUUUAGUAGUAGAUGGACCAUUGGACAGAGAAAACACUUCUCUUUACAACGUCACCAUCACAGCCACAGAUGAGGGAAGUCCGCCUCUGUCCAGCAGCAGGAUCGUUACUGUUCAGGUUUCUGAUGUCAAUGACAACGCACCUCGGUUUAUGGAGCCUGUGAUUAAUGUUUAUGUGAAAGAAAACAGUCACACAGGCUCCAUUAUUUAUACCAUAAAGGCUUUUGAUCCUGAUUUGGAUGGUAAUGCAAAGUUGACUUACACGUUGUUAGAGAGUUCUCCAAAAACUAUUCCGAUUUCAUCAGUUAUAAACAUCAACUCAGAGACCGGAGAUAUAGUCAGUCUACAGUCUUUUAACCACGAGGAGCUAAAAACGUUUCAGUUUAAAGUUCAGGCCACAGACUCUGGUGUUCCUCCGCUCAGCAGCAACGUGACUGUGAACGUUUUCAUCCUGGAUGAGAAUGACAACAGUCCCGCGAUUCUCGCGCCCUAUUCCGAGCACGGAUCCGUUAACAGCGAGAGCAUCCCCUACUCUGCUGAAGCGGGAUACUUUGUGGCAAAGAUCAGGGCCGUAGACGCAGACUCUGGAUACAAUGCGCUGCUCUCUUACCACCUCUCUGAGCCCAAAGGAAACAACCUCUUCCGCAUCGGAACCAGCACCGGGGAAAUCAGGACUAAGAGGAGAAUGAGUGACAAUGACCUGAAGACUCACCCCCUGGUGGUCUUGGUUUCUGAUAACGGAGAACCCUCCCUGUCGGCUACCGUGUCUAUCGAGGUGGUGGUGGUCGAAAGCACAGCUGACAUCCAGACUCAGUUCAGACAUGUGCCCAUAAAGGAGGAGAGCUUCUCCGAUUUAAACCUGUACCUGCUGAUCGCCAUCGCGUCGGUGUCACUGAUCUUUCUGCUCAGCCUCAUCAGUUUAAUAGCGGUCAAGUGCCACAGGUCAGACGGCAGUUUCAGCAGGUACGGCGCCCCAAUGAUCACCACCCACCCUGACGGGAGCUGGUCUUACUCUAAAGCUACUCAGCAGUACGACGUCUGUUUCAGCUCAGACACACUCAAGAGUGACGUAGUGGUUUUCCCCGCACCGUUUCCGUCUGGAGACGCGGAGCUGGUCAGUAUUAAUGGAGGAGACACGUUUACCAGGACUCAGACUUUACCUAAUAAAGACAAGGUGAGUUGA